CCCAAUCUCGCGUGCGCCGCUGCAUUCCUGUCCAUUUGUUCCGUUACCUUCGCUCCCUAUCUUAUUUCAUCUUCUUUCACCUGUUUUGAAUCUCGUGUCUGCCUAAGGAAUCGAAGGAUUAUGUCCUCGUGAUUCCAAUUUUUGGGAUCGAUGUUUCAGAACCAUGUUCAUGGCAUGUCUUGUAAUUGAUUGAUUUCAUCAUAUUGGAAACUUUUUAAUAAAUGAGAGGCUGCGGGUCCUGAUUGCUCUUCUGAAUGUACCUGUGGGUCCGGAAUUUCUGAAUUAAAUUGGCCAUCGAUUGCAAUUAUGUUUGGCAUGUCCUGAUUGUAAUAAAGUGAUGGGUCAUGUUGUAAUGGAUUUGUGACAUGUGUCCCAAAAUUGUUUCAGCCAUUGGAUUGGGAAAAACUGGCGGGAAAAUUGGAAUGCAAUUGAGCUCUGAUUUUCCAUGGGCUUUUAUAUAUAUAGUAGAUACAUGAUCUGCAAUGGAUUCGUACGAUUUGCGCUUCGAAUCCAUUAUCCCGGAGACACAAUUUGAGGAUAUUGGAAUUGAUGAUGGGGAUUUCAUCUCUGACAAGGUGGAGGACGAGGUCAUCGUCAUCGCCAGCGACGACGAUGUGGCCGAUGUUGCCCCGGUCAGAGAGAGGAAGGACGUUGUUCUUCUUGGGAGGGAGGAGCCUAGCUUCGUUGUUCUAGACGGUGAAAUUGAUGAUGCUGAUUGGCUUAUGGAUGGCAGCUGCAAGUGAUCUUAUAGUAGUCCUCCGCCUCAGGGGAGUGUCUGUUAUAGCCUUUACAUCCAUGACAACCCUUUUUCUGCCACUUUUUCCUUGGUAAGAUAAGGACUGUAGUUACCGUUACGGGUCGAGAUUAACAAAGAAACGUUACCGGG